AUGACAAACCGCAAAGGAACUGAGGCACCAUCCACCGCAUCUGCGCCGGCUUCCGACGACCCCCAUUACGUCCGGCUGCAUAUCACCCCACUAGACGCCGAGCUGCUUAAAAUCGCCCUAUCAUCGACCCUACUCCCAAAGGCUCGCAAUAUUUCCUUCCACUCGCUCGAGACAUUCCCAGAGAAGCGGUUCGGCUUCUUGGAUCUCCCGGAAGAGGACGCGACGAAAAUAAGCAAGAAGCUCAACGGAUCGGUGCUGAAAGGCGUCAAGAUCCGCAUUGAGCGCGCAAGGCCGUCCAGCCUUCCCACUCCACUCGGUCCAGUUGCAAUGACCAAAGAAGAUAUCCCCGGGAGCACGGUUGACGCCGUACUCCCGCCGAAGGAUAAAAAAAAGAAGAGGAAGCGUGGUGCUGAGGAACUCAGCGGCAUAAUCUUGGAGGAAGACCGAAAGAUCAAGCGCGGAUGGACCAACCCCGACGAGCCCAAGGAGAAGAGAUCAAAGAAGGACAAGGAGAAAGCCGGGAAAGAGAAGAAGAAGCGAACAAAAUCUAAAUAUACCGACCAUGCUGAGUGUUUAGUCAAGACUGUCUUGCCCGCAAUUGCCACCCCAUUGCCCGACGUCCACCAGUCCACCCCGACAACAAAGAAGAAGAAGGGCAAGUCACGGGAGGUGGUCAUUCACGAGUUUGAGAAGACCACCAAGUUUCCGACGUUCCUAAAGGCGGUGGCGCCCAGCGGCCAGCCAACUACGCCCCUAGAGUUUGUGGAUGGCAAGGGUUGGGUGAACGAGGAUGGGGAAGUGAUAGAACCGGUGCAGGCCAGGCCGCCUCCGAGUGGCAAGAUCUUGCUUCCCAGCAAGCCAAAAACCGAGGCUCAGGAGACCAAAACGGAGGAUGAGGGUACAACAAGCUCCAGCGACGAGGAGUCCGAUGAGGAAAGCGAGAUGAAAAGCCCAGGUGCCGCUGAAGACAGCGAGCCUAGCCCCGACCUGGCGAGGUUGAAUGGCUCUCCGCUACCAGGCAAGCCUGAUCAGUCGCGGCCGAGAUCGUCCGGUUCAACCCGCAGUUUAUCGAUCAAAAUCCCGCCUGCAACCCCAAGCGAGUCCAGAGUGCACCCCCUUGAAGCCUUGUACAAGCGCGACAAGCAAGCAGACGGUGAAAUCCCCAAAGCAGACACGAAUGGUCAAAGUUUCAGCUUCUUUGGCGGUGUUCACGACGAAAGUGACGGAGAAGAGGCAAAUGUUGAUGCGGACGAGGCUCCGGGGGCUCAAGUUCCAUUGACUCCCUAUACUCGCCACGACCUUGAAUUGCGCGGCAUUCGGAGUGCGGCGCCUACCCCCGACACGGCACACCCUAAGCGGAGGUUCACGCCGUGGGAAGGCGACAACGAUGGCGAGGAGCAAGAUGGAAAAGGGACGGAUGAGGAGAUCGAAGACCACGAUGAGGAGAUUGCACCGAGCAGCCCAGCAGCCCAGGGGGGUGAGGGUGAUGGCAAGCCGGCCAGCGACUUCCAGGAUUGGUUCUGGAAAAACCGGGGAGAUCUCAAUCGCUCAUGGAAGAAGCGGAGAAAGGCUGCGGGCAAGGAGAAGAGGUACAGAGAAAAUAAGGCUCGCAUGGCCCGAGCGAUCUAG